AUCACUGUGAAUAUCAACCAGAAUUUGAAAAUUCAAAUGGUGACAUCUCUCAUUCGCUGAACAUGCAGAACAUUCUUGACGAGUUACCAUCAGAAAAUAAUCUUCUAUACUCGCUACCAGAAUUUGAAAAUCCAAAUGGUGACAUCUCUCAUUCGCAGAGCAUUCUUGACGAAUUGCUAUCAGAUAAUACUAUUCUAUAUUCGCCACCAGAAUUUGAAAAUCCAAAUGGUGACAUCUCUUAUUCGCAGAACAUGCAGAACAUCCUUGGCGAAUUACCAUCAAAUAAUAAUCUUCUAUAUUCGUCACAAGAAUUUGAAAAUUCAAAUAAUGAUAUCUCGCAUUCGCCGAACAUUCUUGACGAAUUGCCAUCAGAUAAUGAUAUUCUAUCUUCGCCAAACCGUUUUGUUGAUUCUUAUGAAUCAUUUGAGUGUAAUGGUUUUGAAAAUUUGACCAUUAUUCCUCCCAAUAGCACUUCACAAACAAACAUUCCUCAAGAUAUAGAACAUAUGAAUAACGCGGAGCUAAUUGAGAAAUGUUUAAACGAAG